AUGGUUCAUGAUCAGCAGUUCCCAGGUCCCCACGGCCGUAACGCUCCUCGAUAUGCUCCAGCCGGAGCUCGCCGCUCAAGACAUCCUUGCCUGAAAUGCUACGGUUGGUUCUGUUGUGGCCUCUUUGCCCUUGCAUUGAUAUUCGCAGCCGUUGUGGCCGGGUUUUGGGCAAUCGUAAAUCCCAGCCUUCCCAAGUACACAGUUUUUGGCAUCACCUCCAAUGCCUACAACUUCACAAACGACUUCAAGUUCCACGGUCGCUUUGUAGUCAAUCUCGGAUCCAACAACCUUAACAAAUAUAUCACCAUUGUCUACGAGAAGGACAGCACUGUAGACCUCCUAUUUAGGGACGGACGCUCAAACUUUGUCAAGCUUUGUUCUGGGAUGUUCCCGGAGUUCAAGCAACCUACAGCUAAUAUCACAUCGAUGAAUAUCGACCUCAAAGGAGACUUAACCAAGGGUGACUUUGGCGGUUCCGCGAAUACGUUUAAUGAGAAGGUGAAGAGCAACAGCAUCCCUUUAGUCGUUGCAGUCAAGACACACGGAGAGGCAAUCAUUUUAGGGCAUAACCUCAAGGUUGAGCUUGCGGCCAACUGCUCCAUGGACGUUGAUAGUUUGUCCGCAGGCAAGGAAGGCAAGGAGCAGCUAAAGAUGUCAAACAUGAUAUGUGAAGGGACUAAUGUAAAAUAUUUUAUAUAA